GGUCUCUUGCGAAGCUUUUCUCAAAAGCGAAGAAUAAGAACCAAAUUAAGCUAGCUUUGACUAUUGCUUCGUGCUCAAGUAGUACGCCUGUGUGUAUAUAGUUCAGUUCUCUUGUUGCUUAAUUGCGGAGCUUUUCUCAAAGAGAAAAAAUAAAAGCCAGAUCGAGCUAUAUAUAUCCAGGUGAGAAGAGAGAGGGAGAGAGAGAGAGAUGGGCAAUUCUGCGAGCUCUUCCCAGCUCCCGGCCGGAGCCGACGGCCGGGGUGGUGUCGCUCGGAGCAGUAAAUCCGAAGAAGAAAACGAUGCGGCUUCGUCGUCGGUGGCUGUCAGAGCGGCCGUGAAGGUCGGCACAGCGGUGGCCAGGACUGUCCUGAUGGUGUGCGGCGCCUGCAGCUCCGCAAAUUCUCUGAGAUCGGAGCAUCCGAUCGAGGAUGAUCGCCACCGCCGUGACAUGCUCGGCACGGCCGGCGAGAUAGGAGUCGAAGAAAUAUUUGGUGGUGGACGAAAAGACAUAGCAACUUUGACUGUUGCUGAGGAUCGUUUCUAUCAGCUUGGUGGCGAGGGGCGUGGCAUAGGUGGGGGAUACAGUAGGGGCAGCGGAGGUGACGAUAUUGGCGACACAACAGAAGAGGAUGGCAUAGGAGGAGGAGUCGGCGGCAGCAGUCGAGAUAGCGGCAUGACGGAGUGGGAUGGCAUAGAAAAAGAAGGGGGUGGCAUAGAAAAAGAAGGGGAUGGCAUAGAAAAUAGAGGAUUUUUUUUUUCAGUGAAAAAUUACCAGAAGAGUGCUCCAAGAAUCAUAACAUUCAUGACUUAUAAUGUUUGGAAACAAGAAGGGAAGAAUUUGCAAGAAAGGAUAAAAAAAAUUGGCAGUCUUGUAGAAAAGCAUUCCCCGGAUGUAAUUUUCUUUCAGGUAUGUAGAACUUUUCCAUAUGAAAUUUGAGCAAUGCUAAAAAUACACUCAUCUUAGGGUGGAGAGUUUUUCAUUAGUCAUAUUGAUGUUACUAGUAAAAAUCAUUCUAUCUUACAUGAAUGAAGU